UUAAUGCGCCGGCUUAGCAGUUCGGCUACUCCAGAGGGACGGGUUUGCUCAGACACCGGAAGUAGCUUCUCACCCGCAUUCGGAGGAAUUCCGAUGACUGUCCACAACCUGUACCUAUUUGACCGAAAUGGCGUGUGUCUGCACUACAGCGAGUGGCAUCGCAAGAAGCAAGCGGGGAUCCCCAAGGAGGAGGAGUACAAGCUGAUGUAUGGGAUGCUCUUCUCCAUCCGCUCCUUUGUCAGCAAGAUGUCCCCGCUAGACAUGAAGGAUGGCUUCCUGGCCUUCCAGACUAGCCGUUACAAACUCCAUUACUACGAGACGCCCACUGGAAUCAAAGUUGUCAUGAAUACUGACUUGGGUGUGGGACCCAUCCGAGAUGUGCUACAUCAUAUUUACAGUGCGCUGUACGUGGAAUUGGUGGUGAAGAAUCCCCUGUGCUCUCUGGGCCAACCCGUGCAAAGUGAGCUCUUCCGCUCCCGGCUGGACUCUUAUGUCCGCUCUCUGCCCUUCUUCUCCGCCCGAGCUGGGUGAAAUACUCAACUUCAUCUCUGAGAAGAAUCCUUGACAGCAUGGGGCCCCUUCUAACUUGGGGCGCCGUCAACCCUACCAAUCUACCCUCCUCCCCAGGCUUCCGUCUUAACCCCCCUUCCCCCAGUCACAAAAUUGAAGACCACAGGAGUCUAUAUCUGCAAUCCAACCUCUCUUUCCAGUUUUAUACUUUACUCGAUGCUGUGAAAACACAAUAAACUUUUCAGCAGCCCA